UGAAGACACAACCUUUUCCCCCUCCGUUGUGUGCAGACGGUUCCCUGCGAAAGCACCCAGCCUCACUUUUGUUUUUUUGUUUUUUUACGCACACUUCUUCCUCAAGCGUGUAUUUGUUUAUUUAUUUAUUAAUUUAUUCAUUUGCUUCAGUUUCGGCCCAGUUCGGCUGCGUGCUGCGUUUCUGUCCGACUGCCAGGAAACUUAACUGUGGAUCCAUGGUGUUAAAUUUCCAUUGUAACAAGUGGAUAACAGGAGGCGACCCGACCAAGGUGUAAUGAGAGCGCUGGUCAUGGACAGAUGAUGGACGUGGAGACGUCGUACUCAGACUUCAUCAACUGUGAUCGCACAGGCCGCAGGAACGCAGUGCCCGAUAUCUCAGGGGAGGGGACAGUAGUGGCCAGCACCAGUGAACUCACCAAAGACCUGGCAGAGAUGGACCUGAAGGCUGCAGAAGGAGACCCGGGGGCCUCCCCAGCCCCUGAGGCAGAGGGCUCCACCAGCCAAGACGCCCAGGGAAGUGGAGGCCCCUCCUAAACCCAGCCAGAGACUGAAGGGGGGCAGAGCCAAGGAGAGAAAAGUAGAGAGGAAGCAGGUGAAAGUGGUGAGACAUGGGGAAAGGAAAGAGAGAGUGUAUAUUGGUUGUCCUAAGCGGACAUGAGGACACCUUCGCUCACUGCCGGCCUGUUUGGGGCUUCCACGGCUCUAAAUGUUCGCCUUUUUAUUGGAUCAGAUUGUAACAUGGGGAACAGAACAGAGUAGAACUGACAUUUGAGAUGCUUUUGCUUCAUACUCUGUUAGUCAUUUAUAUCCCUGACGAGUCGAGAAAGCACAGAAACUUUGGAUUAAUGUCUGUGGAGAUGGACUGAGCGGAACAGAAUUCAUUUAUAACAACACUCGAAACGUUGUUCCAGCCUAAUAUGGAACCGUGUCAUGGAGGGUGUAUUCAUAAUCACCUGUUUGUCAUUUUCUUUCUAUGUGUGUGUGUGUGUUUGUGACCCUCUUGUUCAAUUUCAUCGUCGAGUCGUCUUUUUUUUUUUUUUUUUUAGUAACAACCAUAGUCACCAUUAUACUGUCGUGUACGGACUUCAUAUUUAUUGCUAAAUGUUCAGUGAUAACUUUGUGAUAGCAAUUUUCUUUGUGUAAUAAAAUACUUAUGAAUUACUGUAACUGUUGUAUUAUAUGUUUUCCGGCGUAAUUCACGUGGCGUUUUGCAAGUUUCGGUUUUAUUGAACGCAGCAGGCGCAGGAGCUGUAAAGGUAGUGAGUCCCAGCCAGGCAGGAUUAAUGAGAUCAGCUCCGAGUUGUUCCAGAGCCAUAAAUAUUACUGAAUGCAGCUUUUGUGUACAUUAGGAUGGCCACAGGAUGCCAGUGUUUACAUUUCCACCUACAUUACAUUUCCCAGUGUUCCCAUUUAUCACUUUAUACAAUCAAGAAACAGCCGUUUAUCUGCAAAGCUGUAUAGACUUUUAGCAAGUGCAAGCCUUCAGAAAAUGUCCUCUU